GGGAAAGUGGGAGGUGGAUGUUGUCAACGUGACUGUCAUCAAGCAGCGUUAGAGGGGCAGAGAGCAGCACAGCCGUCGCUGCUCCGCUUGUCUGGAUCGUUGGGACUUGGAAAGUGGCCACCGGGUGGGGAGACAGGCAGGCAACCUCGGGAUUCAGCGAAGAUGGGAAUAAGUCGUCGUUGUCGAGUAUCGACUUUGCACGCGUCCAGAGCCGCGUUGUAACGUUCAGGGCAACUUAGCAAAUAUUGUGUUUUGUACAUUUUGCGUGUUGGAACCCACCAGCGCGAGCUAGCUUAGCAAGCAGCCGCUGAGACUGUCAGGCACACAGGUACCGGAGAGGAGAGGAGGGGUUGGUGACAAAGGAAGGUGGCGAGGGGACGAUGAACCGCUUUCGAAAGUGGCUGUAUAAGCCCAAGAUAAGUCCCACUGAGGAGGACUUCCUCUUGCCUCUUCUAUCCCUCCCCAGUGCGUUGGAGAGUAGUGUGCAGCUGCCGGACAUAAUGUACCUGUCUAUUGACUCUGUCAUCAAAGUGCCAACUUCUGGAAAAAGAAAGAGUAGGAAUGGAUUUCCCUGCUCACCCAGAAGGAUGUGGGGGGAAAGCUGAGGACGGACCCUCAGCUCUUGGCCCAGUUCUACUACGCUGAUGAAGAGCUGAAUCAAGUGGCCACUGAGCUGGACGGCCUGGACGGCAGGAAGGACCCUCAGAGAUGUACCCUGUUGGUCAACCAGUUCCGCUCUUGUCAGGACAGUGUGUUGAACAUUAUCAAUCAGAUAAUGGAUGAAUGUAUUCCCAACGACCGGGCCAACAGAGACUUUUGUGUCAAGUUCCCCGAGGAGAUUCGCCAUGACAACUUGGCAGGGCAGCUGUGGUUUGGGGCUGAGUGUUUGGCUGCCGGCUCUAUCAUCAUGAACAGAGAGAUAGAGAGUAUAGCAAUGAGGCCCCUGGCCAAGGACCUUACGCGCAACCUGGAGGAGGUACGCAACAUAACCAGAGACCAGGCCCUAAGAGACCUCAACUUGUACACGGACCGCAUGAAGGACGCGUUGCGACAUUUCGACAGCCUUUUUGCUGAGUUUGAGCUCAGUUAUGUGUCAGCCAUGGUGCCUGUGAAGUCGCCCAAAGAAUACUAUGUACAGCAGGAAGUGAUUGUGCUCUUCUGUGACACUGUGGAAAGGGCCCUAAAGCUGGGAUAUCUCACACAAGACAUGAUCGAUGACUAUGAACCUGCACUGAUGUUUACAAUUCCCAGACUAGCCAUUGUAUGUGGGCUGGUUGUGUAUUCAGAGGGACCUCUCAACCUAGACCGAAAAUCAGAGGACAUGUCUGAGCUCUUCCGGCCUUUUCGCACUUUAUUAAAGAAAAUCAGAGACCUGCUCCAGACCCUUAAUGAGGAGGAGAUAAUGACACUAGAAAAACAUCUGUGUAUCACUCAAGACGGGGAAUUGUCCACGGACCAGGGGCAGGCCACAGACAGAGCACCAGCUCCAGUCCAAGAGAAUCACUCAAUCUCCAGCCCCGCUAAUGAUACCUCCAAAGGGGAGAGUGAGGAUGACCAAGAGCAUCUGGCUCCAUGUGUCUGUCCCAGCCAGGCGGAGGGGCUGGCUGAAGUGGAAAAAGGCUGGGAGGAGGUAGAAAUGGGAGAGGAGGAGCAGGAGCAGGGCCUGCUGUGUGAGGAGGCCGAAGAGGCUGAGUUGGCCUGUUCCAUGCAGUACGAUGAGGAGGAACUGGAGCAGCUCAACAUGAUGGUGUACCGUGUGGGCGACGAAAUGUCCACCUUUCUGUCACCUCCCAGCCAGGGUCAGUCACCAGCACACCAUCCUCACAGAGGAGAGGCAGGAGGCUCCAGUGGGUCUUCUAGCACUGAAGCCUCUCCUCGCAGGCUCCUGGUGGGCCGAGGAAGGACAGGCAUCUAUUUAGAGGAGGAAGACAAGGUCUUCUUCAUGGAGGACCUGGACGCCACAGCAGGAGAUGGCAUCACCAGCAUUUCAAAAGAGGCCUGUCGUUGUAUUACCUCUCCUUCCAAAGCGCCAGAGUCUGCUCGUCCUGUGCAGUGCAAGCUGGGACCACAGCCAGACUCUGCAAGGAACGGUUGGUACACUGAAGCCCAAUCAGAGCAGCCAUGCCCACAGCCACGCAGCCAGAACACACACUGUCCUAAAGCAAAGUGUCCCCCUUGCACUUCCGCUCUCGGCACUGAAUCCUUGCCUUACACCAAUGGGUGGGAGAUGGGCUUGGAGGGGACAGCGUCUGAAACGGCUGAGGUCAUCGCCCACCGUAUGGGUGGGAUGAAGCUCUCUGCAACGGUCAUCUUCAACCCUUGCUCGACAGAGCUGGCUGUGGAGAAGCUGCUGCUGCCAAGGCCAGCUCCCUCUGAGAUUGAGCCCUGUGGCCCUCUGGUGGCCACUCACUGCCUGCUCAACUCCUGUGUCUGUUGUGGGAGCUGUGAGGAUGGUCAUGAGGAUGCCAUCACUGCAGAGUCCACUGGACUUGGGUUAGGCCUUGCCCUAGGUUUGGAUAACCACUGUAAGACGGCAGCUCCCAGCACUGUCUUCCAGUCGUCUGCUUGCCGGCUGCCCCCACAAGGUCACGAGCCUCACAGCAAGGGUGAGCUCGCUCCGCUGACUCCCCCUUCUUCUCGCUGCUCUGCAGAGACCCUGGAAGAGGAUUCAAACUCACAGCUAUGUGAGAAGUGCCUGGUCGUGGCUCCAAUGCCGGGGCAUCACCCUCAUGACUAUGGCUCCAGUUGUGGGGAUGGACCCUCCCUGUGCAACCACCAGCUGAGUAAUGGAAGGAGGCAGCAGGCCACUGGGGGCCGACAGAGGGAAGAGGAGACGGAUAAGUACAAGCCAGGAACUAAAGACUUGAAGAGGGACACCAAAGAGGACAGCAGGAGGAGCUCCAGUUUUCAGAGCUCUCCCCUCAGCUCUGUGUCAGGUAGUGACUGUGAGAGUGUGUCGGUCACCACUUGUAGUCUGUCAAGCAGUCCAUACACUCCCAGCCCUGUCAGCAGCCUGACCCCCAGCUCAGGGAUGUCAGAAGACCUGGACCAUCAGGAGAUCCAGCUGGCCCUGCAAAACGCCAAACUGGCUGCCAGGAACAAGAUCCGAUCGCGCUUCCACAGCAGCAGCGAUCUCAUCCACCGUCUUUUUGUUUGUAUAUCAGGUGUUGCUGAUCAGCUGCAGACCAACUAUGCUAGCGACCUUCGCAGCAUCCUCAAGACUCUGUUUGAAGUCAUGGCAACCAAGUGUGAGGAGGGAGACAUCGAGAACCAAAAGAAAGCAGGGCCUGUUCUGCGCAGUGCUGUGCUGGAAGACUGUGCCCUCUGUCAGGAGACCAUUUCCUCAUCUGAAUUGGCAGCCAAGGCCCGGGAUGGCCAGUUCGAAGACCCUCCAGACUGGGUCCCAGAUGAAGCCUGCAACUCCUGCAUUGCCUGCCAGGCUCCUUUCACUGUCAUCCGCAGGAAGCAUCACUGUAGAAGCUGUGGAAAGAUCUUCUGCUCACGCUGUUCUUCCCAUUCUGCUCCUUUGCCCCGGUAUGGCCAGGUGAAGCCUGUUAGGGUUUGCACACACUGCUACAUGUUUCAUGUCACACCCUUCUACAGCGACAAGGCCGGCAUCUAAUUCCACAUUGUCACCCAAAGCACACAGUCCGCCACGACAAACAUGUGGAACGGACAGAUCCAGGGCUGUGUGCAAAGCAAAUGCCACUCUUCGCUGGUAAACCUAAUGGUCAUCAUUGUACCUGCUGAGCAUGGCUGCACUGUGAGGCCAUUACAGAUGACCAAGCAGAGACGAGGCAUGCAGCCAAGAGUGGUGACUCGACCCGUUUCUGUUGCUUCGGAGAGACUGGCAACCAAAGGUUUUCAGUGCCCAGCCACCACACAAGGAUUCACAAAUGCCUGCCUGAUUUAUAGAGGUGUAAAGGAAAGGGCGGAUAAACAGGCAAUAACAGAUUUUUAACUGACAUUGUGCAACGGUCCUCUGUAGCAGUUUGCAGCACAAAAUCAGAACAGGCCACUUUGUUUGAUUUGUUGUUUUAUGUGUAAAAUGAAAGGACUUGUGACAUAUUUUCCUCUGCUUUUGCGAGCUUCCUACAAUUGUGCCAGGGCUCCCCCGGGACUCGGAUUACUCAAAAGAAUGUAAGUCACGAUAACCAUGUAAAUAUGGAUACAUCUGGUAAUAGCUAUGCUGCAAUGUCUUCAGCAAACAUUUGCUAUUUAUAUGGGAACUGGAAAGCAAACCUCUCCACACUCCCAGAC